AUGUGGCAGCAGCGCGUGUUCAUCGGGAACAUGCAGCGCUUCGUUUUGGUCGAGAUCGGGCCGGGGACGAGCGCGGGAGACGUGUUGAACAUCGUCGAUGGCCAGAGUGCGCUUGACCAUAGUGCGGCGAGUGGCGGGUGGAUGCUGUGGGAGGUCUCGCAGGACUUCGGCAUGGAGCGCCCGAUCAGGAAUUUUGAGACGCUGAACGAUGUCUGCGGUGCUUGGAAUUCGGACAAGACCGUCAACCUGCUCGUCAUCAAGAAGACGCUCCUCGCACCUCUGCUAAGCUCGAAAGCUAUGCCGUCCAGCUCGCCCACCUGCAGCGGCUAUGUGCAGUGGGAGCACAAGCGUGGCAAGUGGCAGAAGCGGUGGAUGGAGCUUCGGGAGCACAGUCUGUGGCUCUCCAAACGCGACACCGGCAAAGACGCGCAGUUCUUGUGCUCGCUCAACAACUUCGAUGCGUACUACGUCACUCGCGUGCACAAGGCACCCAAGCCUUACGUCUUCUCCGUCAAGUCCACCGACAGCCUCACCUACUUCGAGGACACUUCCGACUACGUGCACGUCUUUUCUUGUGGGGAGUCCGAGGGUAAGAAUUGGCUGGAGAAAAUCCUCCUUGCUCGCUCCUACGUCCUCUACCAGGAGCGCAACGUCGUCAGCGCAUCUAAUGCCGCUGCCGCUCCUAGUAACUCUGGUGCUGGCGCGCUGCAGCGUUCCGGAACACGCAGACGUCCCGCUCAACCCCUAGUAGCUGUCGGUGCUCCCAAGAACGACAUGAUGGCUCCCCUCUCCUUCGAGGCCCCUGCAGGGUCUCUCCUCUCACGCCGCUGA